AUGGACUUGAUGAACCGUGUAUUCUAUGAAAUUUUGGACAAGUUUGCAUUGGUUUUCAAAUAUGACAUCUUAGUGUAUUCGAGGAACGAAGAAGAUCAUGCUAAAUACUUAAGGUAUGUGUUGAAUACACUUAGAGACAACCAAUUGUAUGCCAAAUUCUCCAAGUGUGAGUUUUGGUUGGAGAAUGUUGUAUUUUUGCGACAUUUUGUAUGUAAAGAAGGAGUUGCACUGGACCCUGCAAAGAUUAUAGUUGUUAGUGAAUGGCCUACACCUAAGAGUUUCACUAAUAUUCGAAGUUUUCUUGGUUUAGCUCGAUAUUAUAGGCGCUUUGUGCGCUAUUUUUCUAGAAUAGACAAGCCAAUGACUACUUUGAUGAAUAAUGAAGCUAGAUUUGAGUGGAAUAAACAUUGUGAAGAGGUAUUCCAAGCUCUGAAGACGUGA